AUGGGAGACUCUCAAAAAGUAAAUUCGAUAAAUUAUCUGAAGGACAAUGAGAAAGUUUCAAAUGUUGCGGAAAAUGACGACACUUUAGAUGACUUUGACGAUUCAUUUGAAUCCACUCGUACCACAUCGGGAGAGACGUUACCGCUCCUAGAUUCUCAAGGGACCAAUAAUGUUCCUCCGGAGGAAGUUAUUAAGCGGCCAAAAGCACUAAUGGCUUCAUGCGGAUUGAUGGCAACUUAUGCAAUGCGUUUCAACAUGGCAAUAGCAAUCACUGCAAUGAUCAAAUCUGAUCCAAUGCAAGGAAGCUCUGCUGAUGGCACCCGCAAUGAUUCAGCCAGCGGCGUCUGUGUUUAUCCAGAGGAUGCUCUAGGAAACAAGUCGGAAAGUUCGGCAUUGUUGGAGGAAUAUGGCGAGGGGGAAUUUGAAUGGAAUGAAAAUCAACAAGCAAUGGUUCUCUCGUCAUUUUUCUGGGGGUACAUUCUUACACAAAUUCCAGGAGGUUGGGUUGUCUCCAAGGUCGGAGGAAAAUGGCCGUUCGGAUUGGGCCUUGCCUUGUCUGGGCUAAUGACACUUCUUACUCCGAUAGCAGCGAGGACAAAUGUUGGGAUGCUGUUGUAUUGCAGAAUUAUCGAGGGUCUUGGGCAGGGAUUCAUCUUUCCGGCUCUGUUGGAGAUACUUGCGGCUUGGUCACCUCCAAAUGAGAGGAGUUUUCUUUCGUCGAUGGCAUAUUCAGGUGAUGAUCUUUAG